GUCCGCGAGUUUCCUUCUAGGGGCUCUCGUUCGACAUGGCUGACCAUCAGCAGCAGCUGAACAAUCUGAUCAAGUGGCUGGGCACGUUCGACCUACAGGCACCGCACAGCACCACGGAGGACAUAAGCGAUGGGGUCGCCCUGGCCGAGGCCCUCGCUCAGAUCGCGCCGGAAUGGUUCACGGCGGUCUGGAAGGCGAAGAUCAAGGCGGACGUGGCUGCCAACUGGCGGCUUAGGGUAAGCAACAUGAAGAAGAUCGUGGAGGCCGUGAUGGAGUACUACGUGGAGUGCCUGAACCAGCAGCUGUCCGGAUACGUCAAGCCAGAUGCGACCAAGAUUGGCGAGCACUGCGACAGCGAUGAGCUACGUCGGCUGCUGCAGCUGAUCCUCGGCUGUGCUGUUAACUGCGAUCAGAAGCAACAGUACAUCACCAAAAUAAUGGGCAUGGAGGAGACGGUGCAGCAGGCAAUAAUGCAGAGUAUCCAAGAGCUCAGCACGUCAAGCAGUUUCGUCAACUUUGAAUCCCUGGACGUGGCGGAUGGCGCCCAGCAGAGGCUCUACGCGGAGCUUCAGGCAACGGUGGACAUGAAGGAUCUGCUGGCGCAGAAGUGCCACGAGCUCGAUCAGCAGCUCUCUCUGUUGCAGGAGGAGAAGGCUGCGUUGAUCGUCGAGAACAAGAAACUUCAGGAGCGGCUGGACGAGUUCGAGAACCCGGAGGAGUCCGGCUCGAUCUUGAAGUACUCUGGGCUGCGAAAGCAAGUGGAAGCACUCAAGGAUGAGCUGUUCAAGGUGGAAACGUUCAGGGAUGAUUACAGGUUGAAGGUGGAGCUGUUGGAGAAGGAAGUGCUGGAGCUACAGUCACGGCAGGAGGAUCUGCAAAAGGCGGCUGACGAAGCGAAUCACUUGAAGGACGAGCUGGAUGCCUUGAGAGAAACUGCGGAUAAAGUGGCGAAGUACGAAAUCAUGAUUGAGUCGUACAAGAAGAAAAUGGAGGACAUGAGCGACCUGAAGAGACAGAUGAAGAUACUCGAGGACAAAAAUGUCGAGUACUUUCAGAUGAAGUUGGAUUACGAAGAGGAGGUGAAGCGCACGACGAUGUUACGUAACCACCUAGAUGCAUGCAAACAACAACUCACGGAGGUUCAUCACAGGCUGGAUGAGCAGAGCAACAAGUAUGAUAGACUCGAGUUUGAAGGCAAAAAGAUGGAGACGAAAUUGGGUGCUCUGCAGAGGGAAAGGGACCGUCUGAUCGUUGAGAGGGACGCUCUGAAGGAAACGAACGAGGAGCUCAAGUGCACGCAGCUGCAGGCCGCGGAGAACAUGGCAAAACCUAGCGCUGACAGCACUAGCGUUGCCGGAACAGAGAUGAUUCCACUUGAGAUCAAGGAGAAGCUGCUCUGCCUACAGAUGGAGAACAAGAUGCUGAAGGUGAAGCAGCAGGGCAAUGAGGAGAAGCUGCCCAGCGUGCAAGCGUUGCUCGAGGACUCCGAGGAGCGCUUGAACACGUUGCGAGGGCAGAAUCGCAAGGCGAAUCAGAGGAUAAUGGAGUUGGAGACGAAAUUGGAGGAGAUCAUGGGCACUCAAGCUAGCAACGACAAGAACGACAGCGCGGGGCUCAAUCAGAAGGUGUCGCAAUUGCAGGAUGAACUGCGAAAAACGCAGGCAGAAAAGGAGCGGUUGACACUGCAGCUCGAGGAACGCGAUAAUGCCUUACAAGCUCAGAAGCAGAAGGCCUUCACUCUUCAGGAGAAAUUAACACGGAAGGAGUACGAGAACGCCUCGCUCGAGGAGCGCUACAAGAAGCACAUUGAGAAGGCGAAGAGCGUCAUAAAGAGCUUGGACCCGAAACAGAGCAACUCUUCGCCGAGCGAGGUCGUCGUGCUGCGCAACCAAAUGUUGGAGCAGCGUAAGAUGAUCGAGGACAUGGAGCGCUCCAUGAAGGAGUCUAGACUGCUGCGAGAAAUGGAGGAGAAGCUAAUGGUGUCCGCCUUUCAUAGGCUGGGUCUGAAUUGUCACAGGGAGGUGAUAGACCAACGGCUUGCGGCCCUCAGUUCAGGACAAGGCCAGUCUUUCUUGGCUAGACAACGACAACCGUCGGCGAGACGUUACCCACCUUACAACUCAAAAUGAGACCGCAUGCAAAAACGAGUCGAUUUCACAUUCAAGUAUUGUAGGACGAAAUGAUAAACAAUCAUUUGAGAUAAUUGUCACUGUGCGAUAAAUGUGAUAGCUAUAUUUUAAAUAAUGGACUUGGGAAUCAUUAAACUAAUUGAACAGCGAUCACCUUACAUUGAAGGUAACAUCGUUUACUAACGAUAUUGCUUGAAUGUUACUGUAUUAUAAUAUUGAGAUAUCACAUUUAUCACUGUGUAGAAUUAUCUCAUUUUCUUCUCGACGUGGGUAUAAUUGCAUCAUUUAUAAAACAAAGAUUAGAUGUCUCUGUCUAAAAAGAUUUAAAUAAAAAAAUAAUUUGCAGAAUCUUACGAAUUCUGCAAUAUUUUAAAAAAUGCUUACAAGCUGAGAAGGAAUAAAAGCCCUCCACUAGUUUCAUUUGUAUAUGUCAAUGUUUUUUGACCCGUAAGACUAUUAAACGGAGAUAUCUACUUUUACCAAAGUAUAAUUUUAUUCCUAUUCUCACCUGAACGGUCUUUACGGUAAUAUUCUGGCUAUUAGAGAUAUGCCAACACGUAUGUUCCUGAAUUUUUAACGAGUAUAUAAAAAAUAGUAUAUAAAACAUUUGGAACAUCUCUAGUAGUUAGAAAAGCAAAAUUCGCGUUUCGUAAUUGUAUCUAUAUCGCAAAUGUGUUUAUCAGAUCUACCUUAUCGUAAUCGGACUCAAAAGAAAAAGAAUGUGUAUAUAUAUAUAAGCUGAUUAUAUAGAUUAUAUAGAUUAAAAGAUACCUUGCUUUGCAAUAUGGUGGAUAUUGUGCAAGCUGUUGUGCUAUAACAAAUUUUAUCUAUAGGCUUUAGUGAUAUCUUCUACUUUCAUGCUGAAUUUUAUCCAGCUCUAAAUAUUUUAAUUCACUUUGAUGAGACAGAUAGUUGACGAUGAUGUAAGAAUGAUGUAUACUUAUAUAAUAUAUUAGCACUUAUCUUUAUACAGUGAUAGACUAGAUGUUCAUUAACAUUGCUAUUUGCCCUGUACAACGGUACAUGAUGAAACAAAUUAUUGUAAAUAAUGUACAUGCUGCUAUACACAAUCUUUUGAAUUGAAUUGGUGAAAUGUAAUACACGUAUUGUACAGAUACUAUAUAAUACAGAGAAUAUUAUU